CAAAAAGAAAAUUGCAGGAAAUUUGUGAAUCCAAAAUUAAUAGAAUAGAAUAGAAUAGAAUAGAAUAGAAUAGAAUAGAAUAGAAUAGAAUAGAAUAGAAUAGAAUAGAAUAGAAUAGAAUUUUAUUGGCCAAGUAUGAUUGGACACACAAGGAAUUUGUCUUGGUGCAUAUGCUCUCAGUGUACAUAAAAGAAAAGAUACGUUCAUCAAGAAUUCUAAGGUACAACAUUUAAUGAUAGUCAUAGGGAACAAAUAACCAAUCAAAUCAUAUUAGGAAACAGUCAGUAUAAAUUAUAGGGAUACAAGCAACAAGGUUACAGUCAUACAGUCAUAAGUGGGAGGAGAUGAGUGAUAGGAAUGAUGAGAAGAUUAAUAGUAGUGCAGAUUUAGUAAAUAGUUUGACAGUGUUGAUGGAAUUAUUUGUUUAGCAGAGUGAUGGCCUUCGGGGAAAAACUGUCCUUGUGUCUAGUUGUUCUGGUGUGCAGUGCUCUAUAGCGUCGUUUUGAGGGUAGGAGUUGAAACAGUUUAUAUCCAGGAUGCGAGGGGUCUGUAAAUAUUUUCACGGCCCUCUUCUUGAUUCGUGCAGUAUGCAGGUCCUCAAUGGAAGGCAGAAAAACGCCUGUGUCCUACCGGAAGAUCUGAAGAACUUCUACCUCAUGACAGACGGCUUCCGAAUGACCUGGAACGUCAAGUUUGAUGAUAACCCAGUUUCCCUGGGCUGCAUGACGAUUAACAGCAUCUCCAAGCUGAACCGUCUCAGCGUUUCACCGGCGUAUACUUUGCCCAGCGCGCCAACCCUGGCUGACCUGGAAGACUCUGAUGAGGAGGAAGGUAACAAGGAACAACCGAAGAGGCCUCACCUGGACACCCGCUGUGCGAUAUUCGAAUUAGACUCCUGUGCAGGCAGCGGGAAAGUUUGCCUCGUCUACAAGAACACCAAACCGGUUGUCAGUCCCGAAUCGGAAAUCUGGUUCCUGGACCGAGCCCUUUACUGGCACUUCCUCACCAAAUCCUUCACCGCUUACUACCGGCUUAUGAUCACGCACCUGGGGCUCCCCCAGUGGCAAUACAUCUUCACCGGUUACGGCCUGAGCCCCCAGGCCAAGCAAUGGUUCAACAUGUACAAACCCAUCACGGUCAACACGGAGCAGCUGUGGGAAGCGGCCGACGCUUCCUUCGUCAACAAGCUGGACCCCAGUAAGGUUUUCCGCAGCAGAACCAAGGCCUCCCUGGUGAAGAAGAGGCCCCCGUCCCAAGUGGCCGCCUCCCAGAAGAGUCAGACGGCGGGAGGGUCGCCCCGGACCCCUUCGCAAGGCGGGAGCUUGUCAAGACGACGAGAAACGCAGCCUUGAUGGUCCUCCCUGGACCCCCAAUUCCCCCUCCCCUCCCCUCCCCUCCUCGCCCACCCACCUCUUCCAGCCCCAAAUGGCUCCCUUCUGCUUUUGCAGGACUUCCUAUUUAUUGCUGAAUUAUUUAUUGAAGGAAACUUGAACCCCUGGCUGGUUUUGGUGGGGGGAGGGGCGGGCAUGUCUGCAACUCAACAAAGGGUGGGGGGGGGAAACGGGCUAUUUAAUGCGCUCCUUCGCCUAUUUUGCACGGAUUUGUUCCCGACCCCCAUCGCCAGGCUGAGCAACGUUGGCCGCCGAGAAAUUUUGGCGAAGGGAGGAGGGCCUUUGGCGAAGUUUUUGUCCCGUCUUAACGAACUUCCCUCACCCACGGCCGUUAAGCGAAUUCCUGCAGCCGUUAAGUUAGCACCGGAUCGUCCUCGGCUGGCGGCAGUUCUCUUAGCGGCCGUUCAAAGUUACGACAGCCCUGAAGAAAAGGGACUCUCGAUUGUUUUUGACACGCUGAAUGACCGUCGGUCACUGGAACGGUACCGAAAAAAGGGACGUGAUCGUUUUUCGCGCUUACGACCGACGCGGCGUCCCCAGGAUCGCAGGAUUAAAAUUCAGACACUUGGCAGCUGACUCACAGUUAUGACGGGUGCAGUGUUCCGGGGGUCAUGUCAGCCUGUUUUGCGAAACAAAGUCAAGGGGGAUGCCAGAUUCGCCUAACAACCCUAUUACGGGGAGUCCUCAAUUUACGACUGUUGAGCCCGAGAUUUACGCGGCUAAGUAAAUUGGAUUUUGCUCCAUUUUAUGACCUUUCUCACCACGGUUGUUAAGUGAAUCACUGCAGUUCAGUUAGUCACCUUGUCGUUAAGUGAAUCCGGCUUCCCCCUGGACUUUGGCCGUCACAAAAGGGGAUCACGUGACCCCAGGACACUGCCACCAUCAUAAAUGCGAGUCAAUUGCUAAGCGUCUUUUGAUCACGUGAGCACAGCGAUGCUGCAACGGUCAUAAGUGUGAAAAGCGGUCCUAAGUAACUUUUUUCAGUGCCAUUGUAACUUCAGAUGGUCACUAAGCAAACUGUUGUUAAGUCAAGGACUACCUGUGCUUACUUAAGAACUGCAAGGAUUCACUUAACAACUGUGGCAAGAAAGGUCGUAAAAUGGGCAGGAUCAGUGGUGGGAUUCUGUCGGUUCUAGGCAGUUCGGCCGAACCGUUUGUUAAAUUGUCAGUUCGCUCUGCCACUUGCCCCUCCCCUCCCCACCAUUACUUACCGGUGUCUGUCGGUGGCCACGUGGCACUUGAAUCGGGUGGGCACCCGAUCCAUGCACCUUGCUGCCCACCCGAUCCAAGCACCACGCGGCCGCCGACAAGCCUGCCUGCAUCCAAGCGUCUCUCUAGCCAGCGAUUAAAGCGCGGCCAGCGAGGAGUUUGGAUCGGGUGGGCAGCGAAGCGUGUGUCAGUCGCCUCGGCCUGCCGCCCACCCAGCAGGACUGUCCUGCGGCCGCCUCCCACCCACACAGCGCCAGCCUACCCUACCCCAUCUGGAGAAAGAGUGAUGGAGAGAAAGAGGGGGGCAGAAAAUGAUGAAGGAGAGAAAGAGAGAUGAAGGAUAGAAGGGGGAGAAAGAUGGAGAAGAGAAAGGGGGGAGAAAGAUGGAGAGAAAGAGAAGGAGGGAAAAAGAG